UUGCAAUAUCAAACCACACUAUGGCAGGGCCAUGGACUAUUUGCUUCCUUCAGGGCAAAAGCUACGCUGGGAACACUAGAUUUCAGUUUGCUGUAUGACCAGGAAAAUAAUGCUCUCCACUGCACAAUCAAUAAAGCCAAGGGCCUGAAGCCAAUGGAUCAUAAUGGUUUGGCUGAUCCAUAUGUCAAAUUGCACUUACUCCCAGGCGCUAGUAAGGCCAAUAAACUAAGAACAAAAACUUUGCGAAACACCCUGAAUCCCACCUGGAAUGAGACCCUCACUUACUAUGGCAUCACGGAUGAGGAUAUGAUUCGCAAGACACUAAGAAUUUCUGUCUGCGAUGAAGACAAGUUCCGCCACAACGAGUUCAUCGGGGAGACGAGGAUCCCGCUGAAGAAACUAAAGCCCAACCAAACCAAAACCUUCAGCAUCUGCCUGGAAAAGCAACUGCCGAUAGAUAAAACAGAAGACAAGUCUCUGGAAGAGCGCGGCCGGAUCCUCAUUUCCCUUAAGUACAGCUCCCAGAAGCAAGGCCUGCUGGUCGGCAUCAUCCGCUGUGCACAUUUGGCUGCCAUGGAUGCCAAUGGCUACUCCGACCCCUACGUGAAAACCUACUUGAAACCAGACGAGGACAAGAAAUCAAAGCACAAGACAGCAGUGAAAAAGAAAACACUAAACCCUGAAUUCAAUGAGGAAUUUUGUUAUGAGAUAAAGCAUGGUGACCUGGCAAAGAAGACCUUAGAAGUCACAGUGUGGGAUUAUGACAUUGGAAAGUCAAAUGAUUUUAUUGGUGGCGUAGUAUUAGGAAUUAAUGCCAAAGGGGAACGGCUGAAGCACUGGUUUGAUUGCCUGAAAAACAAGGACAAGAAAAUAGAGCGCUGGCACACACUAACGAACGAGCUGCCGGGGGCCAUCCUCAGCGAUUGACCCUAGAGACAGGCUAAGGACCUUGAAGAUAGCACAGCUCUCUCUCACAACCAGAACCAGGAACAAUUCAUGCCUUUGGACUUCUAGUUUACUUACUACUUUAAAAGGGAUACUAAGUCAGCAAGAAAGAGUGGCUUGGUAAAUUCCAACUGAUGGUCAGACUGCAGGGAAAUACCACUGAAGAAGACAAAAUUGCUUUGUUCAGUGGGAGUGAUCCUCUCGGGUUUUCUCCCAAGUGUAUGUGAGCACCUCCUCUUUCCAAAACACACAACACACACAGAGUCAAUUGAGAAAACACAGGCCUGCAUGCACUAGAAUUGUGAUAUUUACUAACUAUUUGAUAUACUGAAUUAUCUUCUUGCUGCCUUGCAAAAUGAAUGGAUCACUUUUUGUUUGUGUUGCUACUAUGAGCAAAAAGCAUAGAACUAUUUUACUAAGGCGACUGUGCCACAUUUCUGGUUGUCAGUUUCUGUGGUUUGGGCCUGGACAGUCUUUAUGCAUUUAAACCUCACCUUUUGGAAUGAUUGUGUUCGCCAAUAACCUAUGAGGACUGUUUGCUUUUCUUUCCGAAAUGUAAUGCUUGUCCUGUCUGAUAAUCUAUAUGAAGUAUACCAGUAUGCUAAAAGGGCUGUGCAGCUAUAUAAGGCAAUAGCUUCCUUAUAUAAGUCCACCUGGGAAUAAUAGGAGGUACUUGCAGCCUCACCAGGAAUAAUACAAGGCUUCACAUUUGUUAAGAGAAGUUUUGAUAUUUAAAAAAGAUCAGAAAAUCAACAGACAGACCCAUUCCAGCACUUACUGUCACUCUAUUACAGACAGUGGGAUUUCACACUAACACUUCCAUACAGCUGCUAUUUUUAGGAAACCAUGAAUCUGCCUUUCUUCCUGUCAACUACACAGCUGGUUAGAACAGGACUAUUUUUCACUGAAAUUUACUUUCAGAUUUUACUUUUAGUUAAGAUAUUUCAUUCUGGUUAGUGAGAAGGAACAUAACCCCUGAAGACUUGCCACUAACUAGAAAGGCAAGAGGAGGAAAACUUGAUGCUACAGAAAGUGACAUGGGUCAAAGUCCACCUUUAGUUACGUGCACACAACCUUCAUGGACUCCAGUGGGUAUUGUAUUUGUGCAAUGGACAGAGAAUUUGGCUUUGUCUCUUCCUUUAGUCAGCCUUCCUAUCAACCUAUGUAACUCUGACUCCGCAGGUAUCCCCAUUAGCUAUUCCCCUCUACAAAUCUGUUCUUGGCAUCGAGGCUGGCUUCAGUCAGUGUCCAAAGAAUUAGGCCCUGAUUUUGCCCUGCUGAGGUCAAUGGUUGUUUUGUGGGAGUACUUAUCCCUUGCGCAUUCCAAAUCUGAAUUACUGAGCGGCAAAACCAGUCUAACAACAAGUUGGUUCUAGAAUCUCUCUCUAUCAGACUCAUAGCUCCCAAACCAAAAUUGUCUACUUUCUCCACUCUGUCACAGACACACUCCGUACAAUGGAGCAAAGUUUCCUCUCUUCCUUUCAUUAACCACACUGUUCUGUUUUCCUAACUAUGGCCAAGAGAGUUCACAGGUUUUUCUGCACACACAAGGAGUCACAAAUGAGCUAAACUAAUUGCAAAAUGUUGCAUAUUGUCAGAAUUUUCAGACGCCUUUAACCCAUGCACUAUUGAGAAGAUCCAUAGUUACAUUCAGUUUUCAUUCUCUCCUAUGUAGUAGUUCAUAAACAUGUAUUUUUGGGCUGAAGAUCACUUUUUGGGAUCACUGUGAUCCCUUUAGACCCAGAUUUAUUUUCCAAGUUAAUGAUACACCUUGUUAGAUAUGGGAAAACCUUCUUAGGGCAUUUUUAACAAUAUAAUAUUUGUAGUGAAUUAUGAAGCUGUGCAUGGAUUUUAUUUGAAUGCUAACAGUGUGUCAAGUUAGAUGAUCUCACCAAUUCUCUCUUGUCCAUGUAUGUUACUGUUCCAGCACUUUAAAAUAUAGCAGGAUAUUUAGGGCCUGAUUUCAGAAGUGCUGAGUCCUCACAGGAAUCCAUGGCAUGUCUACACUGGGGAGUUAUUUUGAAAUAACAAGAGGAAUGUCCACAGUACCCAGCCUGUUAUUUCAAAAUAAUGGGCUUGUUAUUUCCAAAUAACUCCUGCUUGUGAAGAGUAAUAAGCUUAUUCAAAGUAGUUAUUUUGGGAGUUAUUAUCUCAAAUUAACUUUGCAAUGGGAGUCGAUUAAAGUGCCCCAGUGAACAUGUUUUUAUUUCAAAAUAACCUGCUAGUGUAGACAUAGUCCAUGGGAGCUGCAUGUGUUCAACCACUCUGAUAAUGAGGCUCUUAGAAUGGUCAGGAAUAAUGGGAACUCUUCCCUUUGGUCAAAGUUAUUUUAAAAGUACCAUUUGUUUAAGCCUAACGUGGAGUGGGACAUAACAUGUGCAUUUUUUUCAUUUUGUAUUGAAGUCUUUUUUAACUGGACUGUAAAUAUAAAUUGCAUGCAAGAUAGUUGUUGUCAUGCAAGAACUUGUUAAAUGUUUGAUACCAAUGUUUUGCUACAAGGUGAAGGCUGCAGUAAUUGUCCUUAACUGCAUCCUACAAGAAUUUUGUAUUUUAGUGUUAUCUACGUGUACUUUUUGUUCGAUUUGUUAAAAUUUAUAAAUAGAACCCAAAAUAAAAGAAAAAGUGAAUUCUGAA